CAUUCGCUCCUCUCCCUUCUCCUUUAUCCCUCAUCCUUCAUCCUCCAUUCCAUUCCAUCCACUCUUUUCAUCCUCCUCCUUACUCUUCUCCCCCUCUCAACUAUCACCUCCUCCCUAAUUCCUUCCCUUGCAACUCAAGGAGUAAGUUUUCCUCACCAUGGCAGUUAUUAUGAUCGACAACUAUGACAGUUUCACCUGGAACAUCUAUCAGUCCCUCUGCAUCCUCGGCGCAGAUGUCAAGGUCUUCCGCAAUGACGCUAUCUCUCUCGAAGAGAUCGUCGCCCUGAACCCGACUCACCUUGUCAUCUCGCCCGGCCCUGGUCACCCCUCCGACUCUGCCGGUAUCUCCAAGCCAGCGAUUGAGCACUUUGCCGGCAAGAUCCCCGUCCUUGGUGUCUGUCUGGGCGAGCAAUGCAUGUUUGAGAUUUACGGCGGCACUGUUGGUUUUGCAGGAGAGAUUGUCCACGGAAAGGUCUCGCCCAUCAAGCAUGACGGCAAGGGACUCUACCUUAACAUCCCCCAGGAUAUCCUCUGCACACGCUAUCACUCCCUCUCGGGCGUCACCUCGACCGUUCCUGAGGCCCUCGAGGUCACCUCCAGAACCGAGUCCGGUGUCAUCAUGGGCGUUCGCCACAGGACCCUCUGUGUCGAAGGUGUGCAGUACCACCCCGAGAGUGUCCUCUCCGAGCACGGACAGACCCUUUUCAACAACUUUUUGCAGCUCCAGGGAGGCACCUGGAAGGAGAACCCACAAUACGGUGUCGACUCGAACGUCAAGCCCGUUGGUUCUUCCGAGGCAGCCAAGGCAGCUACCCCCAGCAUCCUCACUAAGAUCUUGCAACAGCGCCUUCAGGACGUCGCCGCCGCCAAGGCGCUUCCAGGACAGUCGGCUGCGGAUCUCCAGAAAUUGAUCGAUCUUGGAUUGGCACCGAAGCAGAUUGAUUUUGUGGCACGCAUCCGUAAGAGUCAGCCUUUGCCGGCGGUCAUGGGAGAGAUCAAGCGCGCGAGCCCCAGUAAGGGUAACAUUGAUCUGGGGGCCAAUGCUGCGGAGCAGUCUCUGGCGUAUGCGCGCGCGGGUGCGAGUGUGAUCAGUGUUUUGACGGAGCCCAAGUGGUUCAAGGGAUCGUUGAACGACAUGCGGGUCGUUCGGGCCAUGAUCGACAGUUUACCCAACCGACCUGCAGUUCUGCGCAAGGACUUUAUUGUGGACACGUAUCAGAUCUUGGAGGCGCGCGUCUAUGGAGCGGAUACGAUCCUGUUGAUCGUGGCGAUGCUCUCGGUUGAGCAAUUGCACACGCUCUACAAGUUUGCACUCCAGCUGGGAAUCGAGCCCUUGGUCGAGGUCAACAAUGCACAGGAGAUGGAGGUCGCGAUCGAAUUGGGAGCCAAGGUCGUUGGAGUCAAUAACAGGAAUUUGCACAACUUUGAGGUCGAUAUGGAGACGACGACCAAGCUUGUCAAUAUGGUGCCCGAGGGAACGCUCCUGGUGGCCUUGAGCGGGAUCAAGGGACGCGAGGAUGUGGAGCGGUAUGUCGAGCAAGGUGUUGCUGGUGUCUUGGUCGGCGAGGCGCUGAUGCUGUCGAAGGACAAGAGGGCGUUCAUCCGUGGAUUGCUGGGUCUGAAAGCAGAGGAGGAGCAGUCAAAGGUGCUGGUCAAGAUUUGCGGGGUCCAGACGAUAGAUGCGGCGUUGCAGGCGGCGGACUCUGGCGCGGAUUUGAUCGGGAUGAUCUUUGCAGAGGGGUCGAAGCGUCAGGUCAAGUUGCCGGUCGCGGCAGAGAUUGUGGAGGCGGUGCGAGAGUACGCCAAUGCGACGGCGGCGGCGGACGGGGAUGAUCUGCAAGGGCCGCAUGGGGCUCUGAACGGCAAGACGGACGGUGUUGCGAACGAGGAUUGGUUUCAAAUGCAUGCCAGGAGAGCAGAACGCAACCCUCGGAAACCGAUGCUUGUAGGCGUGUUCAGAGACCAGUCAUUGGAGGAGAUCACGCGGGUGGUCGAUACACUCAAGAUUGAUCUGGUGCAGUUCCAUGGAGGUGAGAACCCGGAAAUGGCCAAGUUCUUGCCUGUCCCGGUGAUCAAGGCGUUCCAUAUCCGUGGUGACGAGAACCCGAAGGAUGUGAUCCAGACAGUUGCGGGCACCCGCGGACUGAACGCGUAUUGUUUGCUGGAUGCUGCAGGCAAGGCUGGUGGCUAUGGUGGAGGAGAGGGCCAGACGUUUGACUGGUCGGUUGCCAAGGCAGUGGUUGAGUCUCAGGAGGGAGGGUUCCCUGUGCUGUUGGCCGGUGGACUGGACCCUGAGAAUGUUGCGGAGGCUGUGCGUCAGGUUCGACCGUGGGCCGUGGAUGUGUCGAGCGGUGUGGAGACGAACGGGGAGAAGGACGAGCAGAAGAUCAAGGCGUUCAUUGAACGCGCCAAGUCUGCGUAAAAAAUAAUCUUCAGCGCAAAAAUCUUUUGUAGUGGAAAUUUAAAUACAUAUUGUGAUAUGUCUGUGUUCACAAAACUUAUAAAUCGCUACUCUCCUUCUCCCCCUCCUCCUGCUCGUAACCGUCCUC